AUGGCGUACGUGCGAGUGAGUGAAGGCGUCUUGGAGGGAGAAGUUGUGAAAAACAUGUUCGGCGAAUCAUAUUGCAGCUUCAAGGGAAUACCUUAUGCAGAGCCGCCGCUUGGCAAUCUGAGGUUUAAGGCUCCACAGCCGCCCAAGUCAUGGCAAGGAGUUCGGAAAGCAACUGAGUUUGGACCUAUUUGCUAUCAAGCUGAUUUAUUCAAGAAAGAAGCGCCUUCAGGUAGCGAAGACUGUUUAUAUCUUAACGUUUAUACUCCGGACACCAAACCUGACAAACCUCUGCCUGUUAUGUUCUGGAUUCACGGAGGCGGUUUAUACUGGGGAAGUGGCAACGACGAUUUCUAUGGACCUGAUUUCCUUGUCAGACAAGAAGUGGUACUGGUCACUAUAAACUAUAGACUUGGAGCACUAGGCUUCCUUUGUUUGGGCACUGAAGAUGCGCCUGGCAACGCUGGUAUGAAAGAUCAAGUUGCAGCCUUGAGAUGGGUUAAUAAGAAUAUUAGUCAUUUUGGAGGUGAUCCAAAUAAUGUUACAAUUUUUGGCGAAAGUGCCGGUGGUUGGUCCGUUGGUUAUCAUUUGGUAACGCCAAUGUCUAAAGGACUUUUCAAAAGAGCAAUACUACAAAGCGGAAUUUGCAGUUGUCCGGAUGCUCAGACUGUUGAAUAUCGAGAAAACGCUUUAGCGCUCGCAAAAAAACUGGGCUUUGAUUCACGAGACGACAAAGAACUGUACGAAUUCUACAAAUCACAACCCUUUGAGUCAUUGAUUCUAACCAAUGAGUCGUCAAGCCACUCUGAAGCCGAUACACCUGUCCUUGAAUUGAAAUGGACAGUUGUCAGUGAAAAGCAAUUCGGUGACAAUGAAAGAUUCUUUUAUGGCGAUGUUCUUAACGCCCUUCGUAAUAAUAUUCAUGAUGGUGUAGACAUCAUGGUUGGAUACAAUGAAGAUGAAUCUGUUGGGAUGGUAAGUAUGAUGGGAAUCAACUACGUACAAGCCGAGAUAGAUAAGGCGAACAACUUGCCAAAGUUCUUUGUACCGAAAGCAUUUACAAAUUACUCCGAUAAAUUACAAUUGGAAAUUGGAAAAAAAAUUAAGGAUUUUUAUUUAAAAGGUGAACCAGCUUCGAUGAAUAACUUUGACCAAAUCUUAAAAUUCUACAAUUGUAAUUUAUUAAUAUACGAAGUGGCUGAAUUUUUGAAGCUUAGCGCGCAGAGAAACAAAACUUACUCUUAUAUAUUCACUUGUAAAUCGAAAAGGAACCUCUUUAGUCAAAUUUGUCAAGUGGACAAAUUUUACGGAGACAGAAUGUUUACAUGUCACGCUGAUGAUUUAGCUUACCUAUUUGAGUUUAAUAACAUGAAACAGGUACUCGAGAAAGACUCAAAAGAAUUUAAGAUGAUGGAGCAAGUGACAAAGUUGUGGACCAAUUUUGCCAAAUUUGGCAAACCAACUCCAAAUUCUGAUUUGGGUGUGCAAUGGCCUGAGUACUCGGUGGAAGAUAAACACUACUUGGAUAUCGGUGAACAGCUGACUGUAGGCACUGACGGAAAUGAGGUUCAGUUCUGGGAAAAUAUUUUCAUGGAGUAUCUUCCGCAAAGAUAACUUCGAACUUCGGAGAGAUAUUCAAUACGAGCAAAUUAAUAACUAUA